AGCUGCUAACUGAAGUCAGGGGAGAUCGUAUCUGAAUACAUGAGCAUUUCCACUAUGGGACUGGAUACAAGUAUUGAACAACAAUAUUUGAAAUGUUUUAAUCUCAAACGAAAACCAUUUUUGCUAACUGUGGUUUUUAAUUUCUUUCAUGUUUUCUUCUGCCAAACUGGAGGAACCUUUUCUGAUUUUUUCUUUAGUGGCAUUCAGAGGAAGACCAGAGGAUGAAAAUCCUGCAUUUUCUCACUUUACUGCUUUGGCAUUUGACUUGGCUGUCUCUGGAUCUAGUUCCUGGAGCGCUGAGUAAUUCUGAAGCAGGACAGGGUAAUCCAGGAUCUAAACUAAGUUUUUUGAAAGCAGAAGGAAAGGAGACGAAUCUCUCAGCACGGGCAGGUACACUGAGGACUGCAAGUCAUGGAUACAGUGCUGGGACCUCAAAGGCCAGGACUAAAAGCAGUACUGUUCAGGCUGGAGCUCUGCUGGCCAAGAACGGUGACUCAAAGAAGGUUCCCUCAAGAGCAGCAGCCACGGAGGGCAAGGUAGGACAUCUCCCCAGCAGACCUUCUUCAGUGAGGACAGUGACUCCAAAGGUUCAAAAUCUUAGCAGCAAGGUGGCUUUGAAAAAAACUGGCACAAGCAGUACUGACAGUGAUUCUUUCAAAACCAAAAAGACUAAAGAGCCUGUAAGCCAGAGGGAAGCUAAGGAACCUUUCAGACAUCCCCCGAUAACGCCACAUGAAUACAUGCUCUCUUUGUACAGGACCCUCUCAGAUGCAGAAAGAAAGGGUGUUAAUGGAAGUGUAAAACUGGAGGCUGGACUUGCCAAUACUAUAACCAGCUUUAUAGACAAAGGACAAGAUGAGCGAACACCAGCUAUAAGAAAACAAAAAUAUAUUUUUGACAUCAGUGCAUUAGAAAAAGAUGGUUUGCUGGGAGCAGAGCUUCGAAUAUUGAGAAAAAAACCUUCUGAUACAUGGAAGUCUCAUUCUUCUGGAAAAACUUCCCAAGUAAAAUUGUUUAGUUGCUCCACAAACAGACAAAGCUCAACACUCUUGGACUCUCGUACUGUCAGUAUCACCGAUACACCCAAGUGGGAAGUGUUUGACAUCUGGAAACUUUUCAGAAGCUUUAAAAACUUGGUUAACUUGUGUUUUGAACUGGAAACUUUUGACAGGGGGAGAGCAGUUGAUCUCAGGAGUGUGGGAUUUAAUAGAACAGGAAGACAGGUCAAUGAAAAGGCUCUCUUCUUGGUGUUUGGAAGGACAAAAAAAAGAGACUUAUUCUUCAAUGAAAUCAAAGCUAGAUCCGGACAAGAUGACAAAACCGUUUAUGAGUACUUAUUCAGCCAGAGGCGGAAGAGAAGAGCUCCUCUAGCAACACGGCAAGGGAAGAGGCCCACCAAGAAUCUGAAGGCAAGGUGCAGCAGAAAAGCCCUCCAUGUGAAUUUUAAGGAUAUGGGAUGGGAUGACUGGAUAAUAGCCCCUCUGGAGUACGAGGCGUAUCACUGCGAAGGGCUCUGUGAAUUCCCCCUCCGGUCCCACCUGGAGCCCACCAACCAUGCAGUUAUCCAGACACUGAUGAACUCCAUGGACCCCGAAUCCACCCCCCCGACCUGCUGUGUGCCCACCCGGCUGAGUCCCAUCAGCAUCCUUUUCAUUGACUCUGCCAACAAUGUGGUCUACAAGCAGUACGAGGACAUGGUGGUGGAGUCGUGUGGUUGUAGGUAGCAGAACGGUUGCUCACGUGAAUAUGUUAGGAAAGGUGACAUGACACAUUGGACAUAACUUCUCCUCAAACAGGGUUAACUAGGUUUCUUACCCCUAGGGUAAGUAUGUUUACAAGGAUAUAGCAAUAAGUCCAGUGUUUCUAUAUGUCUCUCCAUGGACAUAUUUCAGUAGCAUUUGGAUGCUGUCAGACAGCUGGUUUUAAGGCCUUGUGCCACUGUGGCAACACAGGACUUACUCCAGGUGAAGUCCCUGACAGAGAAGAUGAUACCUCUACACCUUGAGAUGUGCUUUUAGCUUCGAGGCAGUGGAUAGAGAUGGUAUCAGCGAACUGUGGAUAUGACCUGUUUGUUCCUUGAACAUUGUUCUUGAGACUGAAUUUCUGUCCAAUUCCCAUGUGCUUUGUCCAUUCAUAAAUGUGACAAAAGAGUCCCAGUGU